AGAAAUCUCAGUAUACUCUUUAAAGGGUUCAUCAAUAGAAAAGUGACAUAGAAAAAAUCAUAAAUUUCUGUGUAACUUUAAUGUUUGUAUGUAGCUCAUAUAACGAGAACCACGAUCUGAAGCAGGCCUUCAAUAUGUACGACCUGGACGGGGACGGGGUGAUUACCGCCAACGAGUUGCAUUCGGUGUUGAGGAAGCUUGGGGGUAAGUGCACGUUGAGUGACUGCAAGAAGAUGAUCAGCCAGGUCGAUAAUUAAGAAAGGCGACAGCAAGGUGAAUUUCGAGGAGUUUAAGAAGAUGGUGAACAAUGCCUGAGAAGAAAUUGAAAGAACACAAGAAGUAGGUUUCAAAUAUGCUUCAAUGUGUAUAUAAAAUUACAUAUGACCU